AUGAAUAUGAAGGAUGAAUCAAGAUCAAAGUGCAAUAAUAUGGUGGAUUUGAUUAUGGCCAUUGAAGACGACGAAGGAAGAAGAUUACACGAUGAGGAGAUCAUCGACUUGUUAAUCGUUUAUGUGUUUGCAGGUCAUGAAACAACUGCCCAUACUGCAGCAUGGGCAAUAAUGUACUUAGAACAACAUCCUGAGUUCUUACAAAAAGCAAAGGAGGAACAAGAGGAAAUUGUAAAGAGAAGGCAGGCUGAUUCUGAUAAAAAACUUAGCUACGAUGAGUUUAGACAGAUGAAGUAUUUAACCAAGGAUGAUGAGGCCAAGACAUUUAGCGCGUUUCUUCCCUUUGGAGCAGGACCUCGGUUGUGCCCCGGAGCAGAGUUGGCUAGGCUUGAAGUUUCAGUGUUUCUUCACUACUUUCUUCUAAACUAUAGGCUCGAGCGUCUUAAUCCAGAAACAAGUGUGACAUAUCUACCAAUUCCUAGUCCUACUGAUAAUUGUCUUGCAAGACUCAAAAGGAUCUCAACAUCAUGUCAAUAA